AUGGACUUUGUUCCAGAGCAGGAUGCUCCCUACAGUGAUUUGCUAAUCCUCCAUGGGGCAAUCGUCUUCUUCCUUCAGGUCGGCUUCGUAUCCUUGGAGGUCGGUUACGGGCGCUCAAAAAAUGUGAAGAACAUUCUCCUGAAGAACACAGUCAACAUCCUGAUAUGCGCAAUAGUUUGGUGGUCCGUCGGCUAUGCAUUCUCCUUCGGCGGUUCGGCUGGCGGUUUUAUCGGCACUUCGGGGUUCUUCCACGACGGCAGUCUGGGCGCCGUCAAAAUUUGGUUCUACAGCUGGACCUUCUGUCUGGCCACCGUGGCCAUCGUGUCCGGCUGCCUGGCCGAGCGGACCUCUCUGGUGGCGUACCCCGUGCUCACCCUGCUGAUGGCCAGCUGGGUGCACCCGGUGGCGGCGCACUGGACCUGGCAGCGAGGGUCGUGGCUGCUGGGGAUCAGCCAGGAGUGCCGCUUCCUGGACUUUGCAGGGGGAGCGGCCGUGCAUGUGUGCGGUGGACUGAUGGGCCUUGUGGGGGCCACAGUGGUGGGGCCCCGUAUCGGCCGCUUCGAGGACGGUCGGGCCAAGGACAUGCCUGGACACGACGUGUCAUCCGCGGCCAUUGGGACGCUCUUCCUGUGGUUCGGCUGGUUUGGAUUCAACUGCGGUACGACAUAUGUCUACCUGGGCAGUAUGGCCGCCGGCGGCUCUCCUCCCCCCGCCGCCAGCUCCUCCGCCGCCGCUGCCGGCCAGCCAGCCGGCUCUCCCGCGGACCGAGUGGCUCUCAACACGACACUUACCGCCAGCAUCUCCAGUCUGACGGCGCUGCUGUUGAGCAGCAUCCGCUCCGGAACCGUGGAUCUGGUGGUGUGCUGCAAUGCGCUGCUGGCGGGCCUGGUCAUAUCGACGCCGGCCGCCGGGUUCAUUACGUCAUGGGCGGCGGUGGUGUACGGCCUGGCGGCGGCGGGGAUUUACCUGGGGGGCGCACGGCUGCUGAUCCGAAUGCAGGUGGACGACCCCCUGGAGUCCUCCGUGGUGCACUUCGCGUGCGGCAUGGCGGGCACCCUGCUGCUGGGCUUCCUGGCACGACCUCCCUACGUGGCGCAGCUGACCGGGUUCACCUGCGGAGGGCUGGUGUACGGCGGACGGAAGGGAGGGGUAUUGCUGGGGCUGCAGACGCUGGGUGUGGCGGCGGUGGCUGCCUGGACUGGCGCCUUCUCCGUACUGGCCUUUUGGGCCCUACGUCGUACAGGUCGGCUCAGGGUAGAUCAGGUUACGGAGCUGGCGGGUUUGGACAACAUGGAACACGGGGGUCCCGCCUAUCCGGAGUUCAACUUGGUGCCGUACAACAACGGAAGUGCGGAGCGGUGA